AUGGAUAUCCGUAUUAUCAACAGAAGAUAUACGGAGUCUGCUCGCCACAAACAUUCGUACUUCUGGGAUUCGCAGCAGCUCAGACCAUCAGAUUUUGACAACUUUCGUCCUGCAAUCAACUUGAACACCAUAAUCACCCUUUUGAAACCUCCCGAAGAAGAGAAUUCAGGCGAAUGCGAAGGAGAUUAUGCCGUACGUGAUAAAGCGCUUAAAGUUGAUGAAGGCGUACGAGGAGCUGAUGUCGGAGUCGAACAACACGUGGGGAACAAGCGGCGGCGCUCUGCCUCUGCAUCACCUGUGAAGAGAAAGAGACGAAGGGUUUCUGAGGGUGAUGAUGAAUUGGAUGCUGACGAUCAGUCGGAAAUGUCCUUGGAAGGAUGCAAUGACGACUGGCGAGACCCGGUUCACAAGCAGGUGUACCCUUGCAUAUGGGAAGAACGUCGUUAUGAGGAACCAACAGUUGAUCCCGAAAGCCAGUUUCUACCGGUCUUCAAAUACUCUCUCGAAAUGCAUUACACGAAAUCAGCUCGAGGCGGUGAUGAAAACUCUUACGUGCCUGACCAAGAAGCAAAGAAACUUGGGUGGCUUAAGGAGGAACAUGAUCUCUUAUCUCUGUUUAGCGCACUAUGCCCUGACCGUUCUCAACCUCAAACAUUUGACCUUGCCAGGUUCAGGGUUCAGAACUACAAAAGUCGCUUGUUAGCUCUUUCGGGCGAGCCAGACUGUCCCAUAAACCGCUAUCCUGAGGAAAUCGAGGAGAAAAGUGAGCGGUGGUUCUUCCUCCUUCCUCAAGUUGCAUGGCCGAAUGCACCCGAAGAGGAAGAGGAUGCCACGCCACAGCAUGAUGAUCUUCUGAAGGCACUUUUCAUCUUUCAGUCGUUAGGUCGUGCAAAAAUCGACACAACCGUUCAGGUGAUCACCCUUCCUGAGGGUGGCUACGACCCUGUAGAGGAGUUGCCUUUUCGGCUGUGCGCACAUUUCAACGUAUCCAUCAUCGUGCCCAGAUUGUAUGAACCAUUUGACAUCAAGAAGAUUUCCCAGAAUCGCGUUUCCGAACUCGAAGGAUUACAGAGACGCUUGAUUUCUCUGUUUACCCUAACUUCAUCGGCAGACCAGCAGCUAUCCGGCAGUGAACAUGAUACAAGAGGGGACGCAAGUAUUCCAUUCUUCUACGGCAUUCUUCGCCCAGCACCCGCUCUUUCGCAAGGCGUGACAUAUGAGUCCCUUCAGCCUGAAGGCUUGUUGCCAGUGCUCUUACCCUUCCAACGGCGUAGUGUCCAGUGGAUGCUCCUACGCGAAGGGAAGACAGUAACUCAAGAAGGCGGUGUAAUUCCCUACACUUCUCCCCAGUCCCGGUUCUUCAUGCCUCCAUUUUGGGAGAAAAUUUAUCUCGGGGGCCGGGAGCACUUCUUCAAUACGCUCGUCGGCGUCGUAAGCUCUUCUCCUGUAGAAGACAACGUUGCACUAGGGGGCAUACUUGCAGAAGAGCCAGGGCUCGGGAAGACAAUUGAAUGUAUUUCCCUCAUUUUAUUGAACCCAGCACCCGAUCGCAAUCCUACCAACAAACGGUGGGAUGCCGAAGCUAAGCUGGAAGUGAAGGAGAUCAAGACUACUCUCAUCGUCACUCCCCCUGCGCUCGCACCUCAAUGGGCAGACGAGCUUGCUGUUCAUGCCCCAGGGCUCAAGGUGCUCAUCUACGAUGGUUGGUCCAAAGUCGGUGUGCCCAUCACCCUGGGUGAUGUUGAAGACGAACGAGAACGACGGUGCAGUGCCCAGAAGCAUAAAACUGGAAAAGACGGGUCAGUUCAAAAAAUCAAGAAAGGGAAAGCAAAGGCAAAGGCAAUUCACGACAAGGAUGACGACAUACUUGAUUGGUGCUCCUAUGUGAACACAUUUGAUGUUUGCAUCACGACAUACAACGUACUCCGUCAAGACUUGACUGUUGCCCGCGCACCACCCAAACGUUCUCAUCGUGCACAGGUGGAGUACUCAAACCUUGACCGUCCUAGAAGUCCACUUGUCAUGUGCGAAUGGUAUAGAGUGAUUAUGGAUGAAGUACAAAUGAUGGGGACCGGCAAAUCCGAAGAGAUGGUGUCUUUGGUCCCUCGAUUAUCUUCGUUUGCGGUAUCUGGUACACCAGCCCGUACUCAGGUUUCUGAUCUCAUUCGUGUUUUAAGGUUCUUGCGUGUCGACAAUGUUGUCGGUCCAGCUCGCAUUUGGAAUCGUUUGAUGAAGCACACAUUCAAAAAACAAUUUGCUGACCUAUUUCAACGAUAUGCUAUCCGAACACUCAAGUCCGCAGUCAAGGACGAAUUGACCAUCCCGCAGCAGCGGAGAUAUCUCGUUAGUAUCGAGCUGGGAAGAGUUGAACGUCACGUUUAUGAUCACCAUCUCGAGGCAGCAUUAGUUGAAAUUGGUUUGGACACGCGCGGAGUUGCUGCUUCUGAAGGAUGGCAGAUUGACGCUACUCUGCUGCGAAAUGUGUUGAGAAAGCUUCGUGGUAUCUGUACUCAUCCUCAAGUCGGACAGUUGCAACGGCCAGGUGAUAAGCCAGGUGCCCUCAAGAGCAUCGGCGACGUUCUCGAGGCAUGUGUUUUUCCUCUUUUCUUAAUCCGUUGGGCUCAUAGAUGUCAGGCUAUGAGAGACCAGAACUGGCGUAAUUUCAUGGAUGAUCGUAAGGCGAAGGUUCAAGCCCUUGUUCGCUUUGCCCAGCUCCAACAACACAACGAGCAGAACCUUGAUCGAUACCAACGUGCUUUGGAUUACCUCUUAACGGCAGAGCAAGAAGCAAAUGGAAUAAUCGACGACAUUAAAACCACCAUAGCAGAACACCAAGUCAAAGGAGAGGCGCUGAAAAACGAAGCGCGAACUCUCCGAGAAUCUCGUCAGAAAGACCUCCCAGACCUUUCAAAGACCAACAAGGGCAAAGGAAAACGAGCAAUGUCACCUCUCACCGAUGUAGAUGAGGACAUGGAUGACGUUGAAGAUGUUGAAGACCGAGGUCUUCCCAAGACCCCCGCGGGCGAAGAGCACAGUAUCAAGCGGCGGGCCCUGCAGCAGCGCUUACGAGAGUGUCUGAUGGUCUUGCACCGUGUCAAAUUUUUACAGGGAGAUGUGUAUCAUGUUCUAGGUGCAUCGCAGUCAGAUAAGGAAGAUGCCGCGUAUGCUGCGGCUGAGACGCUGCGAAAAAAUUUACUGAAAUCGACGGAGGAGAGUACCAACAAAGCGAUGAACCCCCUGCGUGCCGACGCUACUGGACGAGGCGUUACCGAGGAGUCCUUACAAAUCCCACUUCCUCUUCUUGAUAAAGGCGGAAUCAAAUCGACGCUUCUCUUUGACGAAGCCAAUGACAUCAUAGAGCUCGCAUUGAAUGAACAGACUGCUCUUCUGUGGGAGUGGCGCACUCGCAUCUAUGCGUUGUUGACUCAGAAGUUGGCUGCAAAUAAUGACCAAGCCGAUGGGGAGGAGUAUUCUCGUGCAUUGGAUACUCAGGGUGAGGCCGAAAUAUAUAUGCAGGCAUAUGCCGCACUUCUUGCGGAUCGUAGAGAGGCAAUUUCUUCCGAACGAACGCUCCUUGCUGCGCAUGAUGCACGGGAGCACAAAGUCCGACGAACCAAAGCAGCCGCGAGAGCAGCUGCUCAGGCAAUGUCGGAGGAUUUCGAGAUCCCUGAGAAUGUCGAAGUUCAACCUCAACAUGAAGUCCUGCACAGAGACCUCACAGAGCAGCGUAAAGAUCUCCAUGACCAGUUCUCUGGGAGAGCACUCCGAUCUAUCAUGGUCGAUCUGAGUGCUGUGGCCGCUCGCAUCGCAUCUGAGAAGGACCCUGAGAAGGUCAUCGCCAAGGAUGGCGCAAACUCAUUACGAACCUUGAUCGCGCAACAAGUGGCGCUCAUGGACAAGCUUGAUGCUGACUUGAGUCAACUGCGGAAGAUCUUCAACGAACGUAUCCUCUAUUUCCGUCAACUGCAGGAAAUUUCUGAUACAGUCACAGAAGUCCUGUGGGAGGGUACCGUUGUAUUGGCUAUGGAGGAAUGCGCAGCUGAGCGAAUGGAAUUGGAAGGCAAAAUCAACACAUCCCGCGCGCGUCAGCGGUACCUGAACCAUCUAGCAAAAAACAAAGAAGAGGGCAUCACUGAUGAGGAUGACGAGGCUUGCAUUCUUUGUAGAUGCGACUUUAAGCGAGGAUUUAUUACUCAAUGCGCGCAUGUUUUCUGUGAAGGAUGUAUAAAGGCUUGGGUCAAUCGCAAAAAUGGAAGAGCUUGCCCGGUUUGCCGCGUCAUUAUCAAUGUCGAUCAAUUGCAACGCUUCACAGUCAAAGUAGACAAGCCUGCCCCUGCUAAACUCGUCAUGGCGAACAAAGAGCCCGCUCCGGUGUCUCGAAGAGAAAUCCAAUACAACAUGAUAAACCAUACAAUCUUUCAGGAGAUACAGACUAUGGAAUCAAAUGGAAGUUACGGCAGCAAAAUACAGGCCCUGGUCAGACAUUUAUUGUAUAUCCAGUUCACCGACCCGGGUGCAAAGAGCAUUGUAUUCUCGGCGUGGGCCGAUUCAUUACAGAUCAUAGAACAUGCCCUUAAUUGCAAUGGCCAGGGUAUCCCAUACUUAAGACUCGACUGCGCAAAGGGCAGAGGCAAAGACAGCGGUGCUAAAAAAUUCCGCACAGAUCCUGCCCUACAAGUAUUAUUACUACACGGGGAGAAAGACAAUGCUGGCUUGAAUGUGACUUGUGCCUCCCGUGUGUUCCUCGUCGAAAGCGUAGUCAACCAUGGUUUCGAAGUUCAAGCUAUUGCACGAAUCGAUCGUAUGGGACAGACUCAGCCGACGGAAGUCUUCUGCUAUUACGCCGAGGACACCGUGGAGAAGAAUAUUCUCGACCUAGCGGCUCGGCAAGGCCUCUCACUCUACACCAAGGACAAUUCCGCCGGAACACUCAACUUAACACCCUUCGCCAUGGAUGCCGGAAAGAAGACCGUCGAAUCUUCAGGGAAGAAGAACCAGGCACAAAAAGGCGACUUUAUCUUCAAAGUCAACGACAUGCUGGCCAUCUUGUUUCCUCAUAUGUUCGAGGAGAUCCAGUACCUUCUUCCCCCAGAAGAACCCAGUGAUGAGAUCGCCAUGGAAGUAGAACCAACCGGGCGGCGCGAACAGCUAAACGCAGAAGCCGGACCUUCGAAACUCCCAUUUUGAGCCUCCCAGCUUGCGCAUGUAAUGGGAUAAUUACAUAAAUUCAUAAAAUUCACAAUAGUAUUGAAACAUGAUGCUUGCUACUGGAGCUAAACAUAGAUUAUGGGAUGGGAUGUGACCGAGACAUGCAAUGCUAUGAUGAGG